AUGUCGCCAGCUGAUGCUUCCCGAGAAGAAAAUGUCUACAUGGCCAAGUUGGCCGAGCAGGCUGAGAGAUACGAGGAAAUGGUUGAGUUUAUGGAGAAGGUUGUGAAGACGGUGGACACUGAAGAGCUGACUGUUGAGGAGAGGAACCUCCUCUCUGUGGCAUACAAGAAUGUGAUUGGCGCUCGGAGGGCAUCCUGGAGGAUCAUCUCCUCCAUUGAGCAGAAGGAAGAGGGUCGUGGUAAUGAUGACCAUGUUAAGAUUAUUAAGGAAUAUCGGGCCAAGAUUGAGGCCGAGCUGACCAAGAUAUGUGAUGGGAUUCUGAAGCUUCUCGAGUCCCAUCUCGUUCCUUCUGCCUCGUCUGCUGAGUCAAAGGUUUUCUACUUGAAGAUGAAGGGCGAUUACUAUAGGUACUUGGCUGAGUUCAAGACUGGGGCUGAGAGGAAGGAAGCUGCCGAGAGCACUUUGCUAGCUUACAAGUCUGCACAGGAUAUUGCAUUGGCUGAAUUGGCUCCCACUCACCCAAUUAGGCUGGGGCUGGCACUUAACUUCUCGGUCUUCUACUAUGAAAUCCUCAACUCACCUGACCGUGCUUGUGCCCUUGCUAAGCAGGCUUUUGAUGAAGCUAUCUCUGAACUUGACACAUUGGGUGAGGAAUCAUACAAGGACAGCACAUUGAUCAUGCAACUUCUCCGAGACAACUUAACUCUUUGGACUUCUGACAUUGCGGACGAUGGUGAUGAUAUCAAGGAGACCACCAAACGUGAUUCUGGCGAGGGACAACAGUGA